GACGACGGCCGUUAGUAAACUUUUGUCCGCGGUCCGAUCGACACGCUUGUUGCCAACGUAUUGUCGUCGCCGCUGCCGUUGCCGCUACCGCCGUCGCGCCCGUCCACCACGCGGAUUGAUACGGUCGAAUUAAAAAAAAUAAAAAAAAAAAAACGCGAAAGUGGAGAGUUAGACGAGUAAGAGAGAAAGAGAGGAAAUUGUAUAAAAAAAAAAAAAAAAAAAUAGAAAAAAUAUUAUAUAGUAACAUUUUACCCGCACGCUGAUCGCCAUGCAAUCCGUCCGACGGUUGUUGGCGUGCACGUUAGUCGUGAUCGCCGUAUGCCGGUGCAUCGGCGGCGCCCCGUCGUGUUCACCGGAUAAGUUGGCCCGGUACCGGGUGGCCGUGCGCACGUUCUGGACCCGCGACCGGUUUCCCAAACACUUUCCCGAAUGGAGGCCGCAAGCGCAGUGGAGCAAAGUAGUCGGUAGAUCGCAUUCCAGAGGUUACACGAUGUUCCGGGAAGGCGCGCCCGCAUCGGAGGGUGUUCGUAUGUUCGCCAAGACCGGUCGCAGCGACAAACUAGACGACGGCGGAGGAGGCGAGGAGACCGUACUGGAUGCGUUCAUGGCGCCCAGCGUAACGACCGGAGCUACGAGGACACAAGCGCAGUUCUUCGUCGACGGAAACCAUUCCCGGGUGUCAUUGAUGUCACGCAUGAUUCCCUCACCGGAUUGGUUUAUUGGCAUUGACUCGUUUGAUCUGUGCGUGAAUGGCAACUGGCUUGACAGCAUCACCAUAGAAGCUGAUCCAAUGGACGCAGGAUGUGAUAACGGGUUUACCUUUACAGCACCAAACUGGCCCACUGAUCCUCAGGGCAUUAUAUACCGAAUAAAAAGCAACUAUCCGUCACAUCCAGCCAGCUCUUUCUACUAUCCACAGUUUAAUCGGUUACCAACAAUAGCAACAUUUCAGUUUAUUAAAAUCAAAGAAUACGAGCAAUCUUUAGGCGGUAGAGGACAGGCCUCCGACCCGACAGUAAAAAUCGAAGAAAGUGUCAUUAAAGUUUUGAACGGUGACAGCGAUAGUGAUCGUGAAGUACAACUUGAAAUGGAACAGCAGAGACGAGAACAAGAGUAUAAUAACUAUAAAAGUGUUAACGAUAACAAAGUUUUGGUCGCCAAUGUGACAUCAUCAGUAUUGAUACCGAAAGGCAACAAAGAAGCGUUGAUGAACAGCAUCUUGGACAGUUAUCAUGUCCGAAAACACAAGAAAGCUCACAAAAAAUCAAAGUACCGGGACUGCCGGCUAAGUGACUGGUCCGAGUGGAGUGCGUGCAGCGUGUCGUGCGGUAUCGGCGAGAUGCAGAGACGCCGAGAAGUGAUCAAACACCCGAGAGGAGCUGGUCGGCAGUGUCCGCCUUUGCUGCAGACUAAAUGGUGCGGGAGCGCAAAAGACUGUCCGCCACAAGAACAUUUCAAGUGGUAAUAAUAUCUCUACACUCCUAUCUCUCCCCCCCCCUUUUCUCAUUACUCUCUACCAAACAAUCCUAUUAUCUCGCACUCGUAUACCUAACCUAUAUGUCACACAGAUGUAUACUACAGUACGCGUGUAUGUUUGUGUGUAUUUUGUGUGUGUGUGUGUGUGUGUGUGUGUGUGUGUGUGUGUGUGUGUACGCGCGCGUGUGACAUGACUCGAAAAUCGUAUCCCUUUACUACAACAUAUCUUUCGCACGCCGAAAUUUACUAUACUCGCAUAACAUAUAUAAUGACGUUUCACCGCUCAUUCCGAAAUCACAGUCAUCCCUUCCUCGCUCCACGUCUGUCCCGUAUACCCAUCGAUGAAAUGUUAUAUUUGUUCAAUUUGUGUAUUGUAUUUUUUUUUCUCAUUUUCUAAUCGAUGACCACAAAAUGUGUAAUAUUUACUGUAAGAUAUUCACUUGUAUAGAUAGGCUUACAAAAAAUUUAGUUCGGUUUAAGAUUAUAUAAUAUUAAAUAAUAUUUCAACGGUACGUAUUAUUAUAAGUAGAUGAUCGUAUUUUUUGUUCAGACUAGUAUAAUAUAUAUAACAAUAAUAUCAUAAUUAUAAUUGAUAUAUUAUAUACGGCUCGUUUUGACCACUAUUACAUUUUAUAUAUAUUAUUAUAAUAUUGUGUCACGCGUGUAUUUUCUAUCUGUGUACUAUUUACGUACAUUACAGGCAACUAUAACUACGUCAUUUAAAAAAUUGUCCUGUGAUCACGAUAACUAUUCAUAAUAUAACAUGCCCAAGCAAGACAAUUUAAUUCGUAAAUUUUGUUCAAAAUCAAUAAAAUAAUAAUAAUUUACAUUCUUUUUAAUAACUCUAUUAUUAUUUUUUUAUUGUAUAACAUACUUUUUAGAAUACCUGCCACGACGAGUAUGACUAUAAGAUAACUGUAUUUUAUAAUAUAUACAUAUAUAGGUGCAUUAUACAUAUUAUAGUAUAUCCUUACAUACAUAUAUGUAUGUGUGUGUAAGAAAAUAAAUAAACUAAAAUAUUAUGAUGUAAUUAAUAUUUAUAUCGAAACAUGUACAAGAAUGUACCUAUGUGUGUGUGUGGGUGGGUGGUUUAUAACAUCGUAAUAAAAAUAAUAUAGUAUAUAGCUGAUAUAAUGCUAUUUUGCAAACUUGAUGAAAA